UAGAGUCAUGUGACCCGAGUAACAUGGCCGCUGUCCCGUGAGUACCGCUGGUACCGGGCGAGAGUUGUUAGGCGGCCAGGGUCAGGUGUGCUGGAGCAGGGUCCGGGCCCGGGUUCCAGGGCGAGGCGGCGGAGCGUGGCAGGCAAGCCCGGAGCGGCGUGGUCCAUGCGCCGGCGCCGGGGGCAGAGCGGAGCCGCAGACUCCCCUGGCCCCGGCGCGGCCCCGGCAGCCGCGGGCUAAGGAGUCGCGAGGCUCCCCGAGCUGCCACCAUGAACCCCGAGAAGGAUUUCGCGCCGCUCACGCCUAACAUCGUGCGCGCCCUCAAUGACAAGCUGUACGAAAAGCGGAAGGUGGCAGCGCUGGAGAUCGAGAAGCUGGUCCGGGAGUUCGUGGCCCAGAACAAUACCGUGCAAAUCAAGCAUGUGAUCCAGACCCUGUCCCAGGAGUUUGCCCUGUCUCAGCACCCCCACAGCCGGAAAGGGGGCCUCAUCGGCCUGGCCGCCUGCUCCAUCGCACUGGGCAAGGACUCAGGACUCUACCUGAAGGAGCUGAUCGAGCCAGUGCUGACCUGCUUCAAUGAUGCAGACAGCAGACUGCGCUACUAUGCCUGCGAGGCCCUCUACAACAUCGUCAAGGUGGCCCGGGGCGCUGUGCUGCCUCACUUCAACGUUCUCUUUGACGGGCUGAGCAAGCUGGCGGCCGACCCAGACCCCAAUGUGAAAAGCGGAUCUGAGCUCCUAGACCGCCUUUUAAAGGACAUUGUGACUGAGAGCAACAAGUUUGACCUGGUGAGCUUCAUCCCCUUGUUGCGAGAGAGGAUUUACUCCAACAACCAGUAUGCCCGGCAGUUCAUCAUCUCCUGGAUCCUGGUUCUGGAGUCGGUGCCAGACAUUAACCUGCUGGAUUACCUGCCGGAGAUCCUGGAUGGACUCUUCCAGAUCCUGGGCGACAAUGGCAAAGAGAUUCGCAAAAUGUGUGAGGUUGUUCUUGGAGAAUUCUUAAAAGAAAUUAAGAAGAACCCCUCCAGUGUGAAGUUUGCUGAGAUGGCCAACAUCCUGGUGAUCCACUGCCAGACCACGGAUGACCUCAUCCAGCUGACAGCCAUGUGCUGGAUGCGGGAGUUCAUCCAGCUGGCGGGCCGCGUCAUGCUGCCCUACUCCUCUGGGAUCCUGACUGCUGUCUUGCCCUGCCUGGCCUACGAUGACCGCAAGAAAAGCAUCAAAGAGGUGGCCAACGUGUGCAACCAGAGCCUGAUGAAGCUGGUCACCCCCGAGGACGACGAGCCGGAUGAGCUGAGACCCGGGCAGAGGCAGGCAGAGCCCGCCCCUGACGAUGCCCUGCCAAAGCAGGAGGGCACAGCCAGUGGAGGUCCAGAUGGUUCCUGUGACUAAAAAAAAAGUAGCAGCAUCAGUGUCUUCACUGCAGCCAGCACUGAAAGAGCCCCAGUGACCCUUCACCUCGACGGGAUUGUGAAAAAAAAAAACUGCCACCUCAGUGACACGGCCAUUGGGAUGAUGACCAGGAUUGCAGUUCUCAAGUGGCUCUACCACCUCUACAUCAAAACUCCUCGGAAGAUGUUCCGGCACACAGACAGCCUCUUUCCCAUUCUAAAAAAAAAACUAUCGGAUGAAUCGGAUGAGGUGAUCCUGAAGGACCUGGAGGUGCUGGCAGAAAUCGCUUCCUCCCCUGCAGGCCAGACGGAUGACCCAGGCCCUCUCGAUGGCCCUGACCUCCGGGCCAGCCACUCAGAGCUCCAGGUGCCCACCCUCGGCAGAGCCGGCCUACUGAACACCUCAGGUACCAAAGGCUUAGAAUGUUCUCCUUCCACUCCCACCAUGAAUUCCUACUUUUAUAAGUUCAUGAUCAACCUUCUCAAGAGAUUCAGCAGCGAACGGAAGCUCCUGGAGGUCAGAGGCCCUUUCAUCAUCAGGCAGCUGUGCCUCCUGCUGAACGCGGAGAACAUCUUCCACUCGAUGGCGGAUAUCCUGCUACGGGAGGAGGACCUCAAGUUCGCCUCGACCAUGGUCCACGCCCUCAACACCAUCCUGCUGACCUCCACGGAGCUCUUCCAGCUAAGGAACCAGCUGAAGGACCUGAAGACCCUGGAGAGCCAGAACCUGUUCUGCUGCCUGUACCGCUCCUGGUGCCACAACCCAGUCACCACGGUGUCCCUCUGCUUCCUCACCCAGAACUACCGGCAUGCCUAUGACCUCAUCCAGAAGUUUGGGGACCUGGAGGUCACCGUGGACUUCCUUGCAGAGGUGGACAAGCUGGUGCAGCUGAUCGAGUGUCCCAUCUUCACAUAUCUGCGCCUGCAGCUGCUGGACGUGAAGAACAACCCCUACCUGAUCAAGGCCCUCUACGGCCUGCUCAUGCUCCUGCCGCAGAGCAGCGCCUUCCAGCUGCUCUCACACCGGCUCCAGUGCGUGCCCAACCCCGAGCUGCUGCAGACCGAAGACAGUCUAAAGGCAGCCCCCAAGUCCCAGAAAGCCGACUCCCCUAGCAUCGACUACGCAGAGCUGCUGCAGCACUUUGAGAAGGUCCAGAACAAGCACCUGGAAGUGCGGCACCAGCGGAGCGGGCGUGGGGACCACCUGGACCGGAGGGUCGUCCUCUGACAGGCCUGGCACAGAGGAGGGCCCACCGAGUGGUCCCAUGAAGCACUCAGGGUUGUCACGCCCUCCUGAGGAGCUCAAGGACCUCCUCUCAGGACCAGGGCUGGGCCUGACUGCCAGCCCAGGGCGCUGUUGGGGCCGGAGGCUGCUCUGUCUGCCCAAGCUCCUCUCAGAGUCCAGCCCUCAGGCCUCCAGCGCUGUCAGCUGCACCCUAGCAUUCACACAGAGCUGGCUGCCCACCCUGUGGGGGGCUACAGCCUCAGACACCACUCAUCCUCUGGAAUCAACCUCUUUCUAAUGCCCUCUUGGAAAAAGAGCUUGCCUCUCCUCCAGCACACCAGAGCUCUGGCCUUGUGUGUAUAUGUAUACAUACGUGAACACAUACCUGUGUGUGUGUGUGUACUUGUAUGCACGUAGGCACCAGCACAAAGAUCUGAAUGAUGCACCCCACCCCCACCCCAAUAAAGAAAUAAGAGAAAAUCCUCAACA